AAGGUGUCACAUUGAAUAGAAUCCUUGUUUUGUUUCUUCUAGUUACAACUACAAAGAUAAGGAAAAUGGGAAGCACAGAAACAAAUGAAAUGAAAGUGAUGAAAUUGAGUGAAAGGAAAGCAUUUGAUGAAGCAAAAGAAGGUGUAAAAGGACUUGUUGAUGCAGGGAUUAAGAAGAUACCUGAAAUAUUCCAUCAUCAACCUGACAAAUAUGAGAAAUCAUACAACACAUGUCAUGUUAUUCCUGUCAUAGACCUUACAAAUAUUGAUAAAGAUCCAAGUUUGCAUCAAGAAAUUGUUCAAAAAGUGAAGGAAGCAUGUGAAACAUGGGGUUUCUUUCAAGUUAUUAAUCAUGGCAUACCUUUGAGUGUUCUUGAGGAGAUUAAAGAUGGUGUUAAGAGGUUUUAUGAACAGAACACACAAGUUAAAAAAGAUUUGUAUACAAGAGAUAGAAAUAAGUCCUUUAUUUAUAAUAGUAAUUUUGAUAUUUAUAGCUCACCAGCACUUAAUUGGAGGGAUACUUUUAUGUGUUACUUAGCUCCUCAUACUCCUAAACUUGAAGAUUUUCCUAUAGUUUGCAGAGAUAUACUAUUGGAAUAUGGAAAACACAUGAUGAAUUUGGGGACUUUACUGUUUGAAUUGUUGUCAGAAGCUUUAGGUUUGAAACCAAACCAUCUAAAAGAAAUGGAUUGUGUUGAAGGACUAAUAGCACUAUGCCAUUAUUAUCCUCCAUGUCCUGAACCAGAAUUGACUGUGGGAACAACCAAGCAUUCUGAUAAUGAUUUCCUCACAGUGCUUCUCCAAGACCAUAUAGGUGGCCUACAAGUUCUUCAUGAGGAUAAAUGGAUUGAUAUAACACCUGUAACUGGUGCUCUCAUUGUUAAUGUUGGAGAUCUUUUGCAGCUUAUAACAAAUGACAAAUUCAAGAGUGUUGAACAUAGAGUAGUUGCAAAUGAGGUUGGUCCAAGAAUAUCUGUUGCAUGCUUUUUCAGCACAGCUUAUAGGUCAUCCUCUAAACUCUAUGGACCUAUUAAGGAACUAUUAUCAGAAGAAAAUCCUCCCAAAUACAGAGAAACCACAGUUGCUGAUUAUGUAGCCUACUUUGAGGCAAAAGGAUUGGAUGGUACUACUGCUCUUACACAUUACAAGAUUUGAAGUAUGUAAUGUGGAAGAAAAAAUACUAAGAUCAUAUAAAUAAAUUGAAUGAGCUUUGGUGAGUUGGUGAUGAGGUAGUUAUUCAUCAAUUCCACUUUGUAAUAUGAACUAGAAGUUAAUA